AUGGAGUUCAAAGUCAAGCACGUGGGCGGGAUAGAGAAUUGCUUUGUCUCUCUCCCUCUGAACCUAAUACAAACCCUUGAAUCCACUCGCCGUCCUGCUCCUCUCCCUCCAGUUCUCACUCUUGAACUUCGCUCUCCUUCCGCCAACCGUCACUGGACCGUCGCUUGGUCCGGUGCUACCUCCUCCUCUUCCUCCAUCGAGGUUGCGCAACAGUUUGCAGAGUGCAUUUCAUUGCCCGAUCAUAUCAAAGUUCAAGUUAGGGCUGUUUCUAAUUUGGCCAAUGCGACUUUGGUAACCAUUGAACCUCACAGUGAGGAUGAUUGGGAAGUUAUAGAACUUAACGCUGACCAAGCCGAGGCCGCCAUGUUAAACCAGGUGAGAAUUGUCAAUGAAGGAAUGAGAUUUCCUUUGUGGUUACAUGGCGGCGCUGUCAUUACAUUCCUUGUGGUUUCAACGUCUCCCAAGAGAGCGGUGGUUCAACUUGUGCCAGGAGCUGAAGUUGCAGUUGCUCCAAAAAGACGCAAAAAGGAUGUUAACAAACAAGACGCCACUGUGCAGUCUUCUAAUAAAGAAAUUAAUAAAGCAAAGGCCCUGUUGCGAGUUCAAGAUCUAGACAGAAGAUUGUUUAAAAAAUGUGACGUCAGAGGUGUUGAGUUGGCCAUUGCAGUCACUUGUGUUGCUUAUCUCCAUCCUGAAACUGCUCAAAAUUUUUCUUUAGAUUCUCUGCAGUUGGUCACUCUUGUUCCUAGAUUGUCAUCAAAAGAUGGUGUAAAGACUCCUGAUAGCGAUGCAUUGAGAGUGAAAAGCGCCUCAACUCCCAACUUAACUAAUGAUGGAACUUUAACCGGCAAGAAAGAAUUUCGUCAAGCAAUUGUCCGCCUUUUGUUUUCUGAUUCGGUGGCUAAAGGGCAUGUAAUGAUAGCUCGAUCUCUUCGUUUGUAUUUGAGAGCAGGGCUGCAUUCAUGGAUUUAUUUAAAGGGAUGCGGUGCUGAUUUGAAUUACAUUGCAUCACUUUCACUUUCUCCCUGUUACUUUAAGAUGCUGGGACAAGAUAAGCCCAUUGAGAAGCCUGGUCUAGAACUGCUUGACAGUGAUAAACUUCGGAAGCCAAGAAAAACUAGCUUGGGUGCCUAUAUGGAUGCUGUAGAUUGGUCAGUCCACGACAGAAUUGUUGCUUCUUUGUCACAAGACUUUCCUUCUAAACAGGAAGAAGAGACCGGUUAUCUGUCUGAUAAUAAAAAGGGAUCGAGAAGACUUCUUCAAGCAUGGUAUCGUGCACAGCUUGAUGCUAUUGCUUCAACUUCUAAGGUGGAAGUUAAUUCAUUAAUUUUAGGAAAAGAAACUUUACUUCACUUUGAAGUGAAAGGAUAUGACUUUGGGACUGAUAGGAAGAUUAGGGAACAUACAUCUUCUUAUUCAAAUGGAUCUCUAGAGAACAGGAAUAAGACUGGUGAAUUGCAAAUUGAAUUUUUGUAUGUUCUGAGUAUUCCUGAGGAUUAUGUAUACAAAAAAAAGGUGAAUGCAUACAGUCUUUCCUUUGAUGAAAGCGAAAAGGAUAAUCUUGGAGUAGAGUUGUUUGAAAGGCUGAAACUGGGUGACCCUGUGUCCUUCCAUUCUCUGAAGGAAAGCAACUCUUUUACAGGCUUUAGUUCAAAUGCAUCUUCUUUGAGCUGGAUGGGGACAACUGCUUCUGAUGUGAUUAACAGUAGAGGUAAAGGUGAGAAAAAGACAAAGGCAGCAGAAUUGGAACUGAGAAAUGUAAUGUUAAGUCCCAGUGUAGUGGCCAAUCUGGAAAGAGGGUGUGCCAAAACGUAUGAUAAGGGUUCCGGAAAAACCACUUUAGCAAGAGCUGUUGCAAAAUCCCUUGAAGAACAUAAAGACCUCUUUGCACACAUUGUGUUUGUAAGCUGCUCUGGACUUGCCUUAGAUAAAGCCUCAACUAUUCGUCAAGCCCUUUCUGCUUCCAUAUCUGAAGCAUUGGAUCAUGCACCUUCCCUUGUUAUAUUUGAUGAUCUGGAUACCAUUGUGUCAUCCUCUUCUGACUCAGAAGGAUCUCAACCUUCAACAUCUAUUGUUGCGCUGACGAAAUUUCUCACUGACUUUAUAGAUGAAUAUGGGGAAAAAAGGAAGAGCACAUGUGGAAUUGGUCCAAUUGCCUUUAUAGCCUCUGUGCAGACUCUGGAGGAUAUUCCACAGUCAUUGAGCUCUUCAGGAAGGUUUGACUUCCAUGUGCAACUGCCUGCUCCUGCUGCCUCAGAACGUGAGGCUAUAUUAAAGCAUGAAAUCCAGAGGCGUUCCUUACAGUGUUCUGACGACAUCUUGCUUGAAGUGGCUUCCAAAUGCGAUGGAUAUGAUGCAUAUGAUCUGGAAAUAUUGGUAGAUAGAACUGUGCAUGCUGCCAUUGGCCGAUUUUUGCCUUCUCAUUCCACUUUUGAAAAGCACAACUUACCCACAUUAAUCAAGGACGACUUUACUCGGGCAAUGCAUGAGUUUCUUCCAGUUUCCAUGCGUGACAUCACGAAAUCUGCCCCUGAAGGUGGCCGUUCUGGGUGGGAUGACGUUGGUGGUCUUAGUGAAAUAAGGAAUGCUAUUAAAGAGGUUGUGUUAACUGUUAAUUUGCCAGUGAAAACUGGAGCUAGAAAGUUUAUGGUAACUCUCAAAUCUGGACCAGUCAACACCACAGCUAUUGCUUUGACUGCUAAACGACCCAAAAUAAUGAUUGAAUUGCCUUCGAAGUUCCCGAAUAUCUUUAUCCAAGCUCCUUUACGCUUACGGUCAAAUGUUCUCUUAUAUGGUCCUCCUGGAUGUGGCAAAACUCAUAUUGUUGGUGCUGCCGCUGCCGCUUGUUCUCUUCGAUUCAUAUCAGUGAAAGGGCCUGAGCUAUUGAACAAAUACAUUGGUGCUUCUGAACAAGCUAAUAAGAAAUCUGGUAGUGUUAUAGAUAAGCAGGCUCUCAUUUGUGUGGAAAGAAGAAAUGAAAUUGAGACUGUCCGUGACAUUUUCUCAAAAGCAGCUGCUGCAGCACCGUGUCUUCUGUUUUUUGAUGAAUUUGAUUCCAUUGCCCCAAAACGAGGACAUGACAAUACUGGAGUAACCGAUCGUGUUGUUAAUCAAUUUCUAACUGAAUUAGAUGGUGUUGAAGUUUUGACUGGAGUUUUUGUUUUUGCUGCGACAAGUAGACCAGAUCUACUUGAUGCUGCAUUAUUGAGACCUGGUCGGUUAGAUCGCCUUCUUUUCUGUGAUUUUCCAUCUCGGCAGGAGAGGUUGGAUAUCCUAGCAGUUCUUUCUCGAAAGCUUGGAGAAUUUGUAAGUUAUAUGAGAAUCCAGAAUUUAGACAUAAUGAUCGAGAGAAUUGAGGGGAGAAGUUGUGGAAGAGAUGGUCGUGAGUUUCUGCCUCUUGCCAAUGAUGUUGACAUAGGAGCAAUAGCUGAUAUGACAGAAGGAUUCAGCGGUGCUGACCUACAAGCUCUUCUCUCAGACGCCCAGCUUGCAGCAGUUCAUGAACAUUUAAGCAUUGCAGACAUUGACAACCCUGGUAAAAUGCCAGUCAUAACUGAUGAUCUUUUGAAGUCUACUACUUCCAAAGCAAGACCAUCGAUUUCUGAAGCUGAGAAGCAAAGACUCUAUGGUAUAUAUAGCCAGUUCUUGGAUUCAAAGCGAUCUGUUGCUUCACAGGUUCUGCUUUCUCUCUCUUGGAGUCCCAUUUAUAGUGCACGUCACAUUUUAGUCAAGGGAUGCAAAGGGCAAAAGAGCUACUCUAGCAUAAGAAAUCUUCUGAAGGCGAAACGACAGACCAGUCAUACAUAUCCAGAGGCGAAGGUGCAGAUUGUCUUUCAGCUCACUGCAGGUCAUCUUGCUCUAUUGGGUAGUGAAGGUUCACUGAAGCCACAUAUAUUUUUCAAACAGGCACCUGCUGUUGACUCAGAUGAUAAGGAAUUGGAGAAGAAAGAAGUCCAUUUCGAUCAACGAACACUCGGAUCCGAAGGCAUCGAGUCUCUCGAGCUCGAGACGUUAAAGAGGGGCAAGAUAAAGGGAAAGAAGUUAAGUAGUUUGUGCGUAGUAUUUGCUAAUGUAAUUUGCUAUGUUGAACUUGAAUUACUAGAGGAUGUUUGA